CACCACCUCCUUUUCCUCUCACUCCUCCGCUUCUCCCACCUCCACCUCCACCUCCACCGCCACCACUAACAACUGAUCUUUUUUUCAUUUUAUUUAUUUAUUUAUUUAUUUGUUGUUGUAAAGUAGAGAUUUUGAGUGCAGAUGAAUACUAGAAAUUAUUUUCAAGGCUGAUCCAAAAGAUAAGAGUCAAUUAAUGUUUUCUAAAUAUAUUUUCUACUAAAAACAUUUCCGCUAGGAAAAUGUUUGGUGUUGUAAUGAAUAGAGCCUAAAUGAGCAUGUUUUUCUGAGUCUGGGAUGGUGGAACAUGUUUCUCUGCUGCAUUUGCAAGUGUGUGAUCCAUUGAAGAGGGUUCAGUCUUGUAACUAUACGAAAUCAUCGGGAUACAGUAAUGGAAAGACACAUAUUCAGCCUGUAAUGCCUGUAGAAACAAAGGCUUCUCGCUCGUGGGGUGUAUAUGUUAUUCCAGCUGCUAUUCUUGGAUUUGCUGGACUAGCAGCUUUUGUUCAUUAUAAUGAUGAGAGAAGAGCAAUUUUAAAAGGCCAGGGUAAUAAAAAUGGUGGAAAUACCAUCAAGAGGCCAACAAUUGGUGGUCCAUUCACUCUAAUUGAUACAGAGAAUCGGAUUGUUACUGAGCAGAAUUUUGAUGGAAAGUGGGUUCUUCUCUACUUUGGUUAUACCUCAUCUCCAGAUAUUGGGCCGGAGCAAGUAAAGGUUAUGGCCAAGGCCAUAGAUAUAUUAGAGUCAAAACGUGAUUCCAAGAUUCUACCAGUGUUUGUUACGAUUGAUCCUCAACGCGAUACCUCUUCACAACUUUGUGCUUACCUUAAAGAGUUUGACUCAAGAAUAGUAGGAUUAACGGGACCCGUAUCAGCUAUUAGGCAGGUGACCCAGGAAUACCGCGUCUUUUUUAAGAAGGUGGACGAGGAUGGAGAUGAUUAUCUUGUUGACUCUUCCCACAACAUGUAUCUGAUGAACCCAAAAAUGGAGGUUGUGAGAUGCUUUGGUGUAGAGUACAAUGCAGAGGAACUUUCAGAAGCAAUAAUGAAGGAACUGAGGAGUACCCUGACCUAAUGGCUCCAAGAUUUUGAUAGGUUGCCAAUAUUUCUCCUAAUCGGCAAGGGAAAUAUUAUAUUUUAGACAGCCAUUCUAACAUGACCUUUGUUUUUGUGGUUUUUUUUUUUAACUUUUUUUUCCCAAUUUUUUUUGAAAUUUCACACUCACAAGUUACUGAGUUCAAAUGUCAAUGAGUUUCUGGUUUGGAAAUCAUCUAGACAAGUGCAUGGAAAGAUGAACAGAAUCUGAUUCUUGAAGGCUAUCUGUAAAUUUGCAUUUGAUAUUAUAUCAACUGCUUAAUCUACAAUUUGUUUUGUUU